GUAAUAUCAUAGUAUUUGGCGUAGCGGAAAGGCCUCUUGGCCUUCGAAGGCCACACAGCUUCACUCGCGAUUUGACCUGAAUUCAUUGCAUCGUCUUGGACUGGACUACCGCGAGCAGACGCGAAACGAUUACACCAUCGGAACAAGUACAACAUAUAUUCUGGUUUUUGUUUCACGUCUGUGACACAUUUGCCUGCGCCCGCUUUAGGACGAAGGAGCAAGGCAGCACAGCGGAAGAGCAAAAAAGCCGUCCGUUGUAAUCCUCGACUUACCUGGCUCACAGUGGCAUCUGCAUGCAAAGAGGCUAAGCAGCACGUGCUUUGACAAGAUGGAAAUGGACUGCCAAAUGGGCGAGGGCCCCGUUCGGACAUGUGAGCGGGGACCAUACGUCUACCAUUUUGACUCCUUCUUCAAGGGGCCGUCCGUGCCAAGAUUGAACCCGUGCGUGAUCUGUUUGGAACUGAUCGAAGAAGGCGCAGAUUUAACGUCAUUAUUGGGGUGCGAAGAUCGUCAUCACUUUCAUGCCAAUUGCAUCAAUUCCUGGUUGGAACGGAAUGCCACCUGUCCCACAUGCCGGAAAGGGGCCACCCGGUUUCCUUUCCUGCGACGCAUGGCAGAGUCUCCCUUGGACCCGUCGGUCCAGUACCAGGGGCUCCUCGCCAUCGUCAAGACCGCUUCCGUCGAAGGACCACCACCACGUAUUCGAUCCAAAACGUCACUCGUCUCGGCGAGCUGGGGGCCUGUCGUCUCGUCGUGACGGCAAUGCAGACUUUCAGCGGGGAUCGCUGCAUCCAAUUAAUGGGUUUGGAAGCAAUCGAAGCCCUGGCUGCCAAAAGCGAAGGGGCAAGGGCGAACUUCCAACAGGAGUCAGCUGAAGAGCUCUUCACGCGCAUUUUUGAGAUGCAUACCGACGACAAGGACUUACAAGCCGCCGCUUGUCAGGAUUAUCGGCGCAGGAACCGAGUCCAACGACCCGGAUCGCGUUUUUCCAAUGCGUUUAUCCCCCCCCGCCCUCCGGCCUUCUUUCUUGUCCUCCAGGCACUCGUGGGUCUAGCCACCGGCCAUCCUGAAUGGCAGAACCGUCUGGGCCUCGCAGGUCUGUGCUCUCGCGUCACUGAAAGCCUCCGUCAAUGGCCCGACGACUAUGGGAUCCAACUCUCAGAUCACUGGGUGCUUUUGGCCCUCCCUCAUUCCUCUCUUUUCCUCCCCUCCCUCCUUCCCUCCCUCCCUGCCUCCCUCGCUGCUCCCUUCCCUCCCUCUUCGACAGGCCUUUACGCUCUAAAUGCCCUUCUCUCCCGGCAUGAGGCCAACACCCAGAGGGUUUUCGAAGCGGGCGCCGGCGCCAUCCUGGUCCAGAUGAUGAAGACCUUUUGGAGGGACUUGGACGUGUUAGACGGGGCUAUCACGGCCAUCUACAGAGCCGGUUUCCCUUCCUCCCUCGACGUCUUGCCCCCGCGUAUGUAUCAGGUCAAAUGCUGCUUCGCCAUCGCCAAACUUGCCUGGCAGCACGCGGAGAAUCGGCAUCGAUUGGUGGCCCUGAAGGCGGCGUUGGUUGUGACACAAAUCUUUAACAAGCACCCGUUCGACGUGGCGAUCCACGUGGCGGGUUCAGCGGCCAUGGUUGCGCUCUACAUGCCUUUGGCUCUGGCACAGCGUUUGGCAGAAAAAGCGUGGAAUACCGUUACGUCCCCUCACCAUCUUCCUCCCCUCCUUUCCUCCCUCCAUUCCACCCUCCUCUCACCGACAGCCACCACCAUUCUUUUGAACAAGACUGCCUUCCUUCUCACCUCCCCCUCGGCGCAGCACAAGUUCCACCAUCACCCUCCCUCCGUCCUGGCAAACGGUUCGGAACCUCCGCCCUUCCAGCAGGCGGUGGGGUGGAACAGGGAAAAUCCGGCCAAGGAGAGGCCGACCGAUCUCAAUGGGCCAACGAGGGAUGGGGACGGGAUGGCUGAAGCACAGGCCUUCCAGGCUUUGGUGCGUGCACUGGCCACCAUCCCGGCCGAGUCAGAACUGGAAAUUUCUGCCUCGCCCGCCCUUCUCUUCUUACUGGAAGUAGUCAAUGGCCGCCACCCACUACUUGAUGACCAGCCCACGGCAUCCAAUUUUGUUGCCGCGAUGGAGAACUAUGCGCGCGACGAAGACUCGCAAGACAUUUAUCUGGAAGUAGCGAUUCUUAUUACAGACGCGAGUCCCACGGCCAGGGAGAUGCUUUUGCAGAAUCUCGCGGAAGACGGAAGCCCUUUACAACGGUCCUCCUUGAUCACUCCCAGCGUCCUCUCUCUGGUAGCACUCUCCCUUGCCCUGCAUCCUACGGACGAGGACAUUGGCAGUGCGGCCUUGGGCUUGAUCGUCUCCCUAGCAGCUCAGGAAAUGGAUUCGCCGGGCCAGAUCCGCACCUGCCAGCACGCAUCCAAUCUCCACACUAAUGGAAAUGGCAACGGCUCCCACGAUCAGGCCAAUGGCCACGCGGAGGUCAAAGCGGAAGGUGAUGGUGACAUCGCGGCCAGCACCCUCCCUGUUCCCUCGGGACCGUCCUACGUGCGUGCAGUGCUCUCCAUUCUCAGGGCGGUAUGGAAGCAGAUCCAUUCCUCUUCCUCCGUCGCUUCCUCCCACUCCUCCUACUCCUCAAACGUAUUGGACGAGAAGGAAAUUACGCGCCUCUCGGCUCUGGGAAUCUUGAAAUGGCUGACUUUGGUGGCAAGGGACUGUGCCCCUGACGAAGUUGCCAUAUUGAGCGACGACGCGUCGGUACAUACCAUGUUCGAGGAGGUUGCGGGGGGCCUGGCAAUCAGCCACCCUCGUUCCCACUCCCACGCCCCUUCGACACUCAUGCUCCCACCUCCCCCCGCCCCGCCUUCCCUGCUGUCCCAGAAACGGUCCCGUCUGAGUUCACUCCCGAAUACCGCCGCCGCGUCCUCCUCUCUUAUAGACACCGCGGAAAUGCACGCGAAACGCUUGUGCUUGGACUUGGUAGCUUCCCUCCCCCAGAGGGACUUGGAGACUUCCUGGCCUCGUGCUUGCGGGGCGGUAGUGGGAGGACUACAGGAAGGGAAAGGGAGGGGAGCGGUCACCCUCAGCGCCCUGGCGGGGGUGGUGGCACUUGCGGAAGGGAACGAGCAAAACAAGAGCGUCCUUCAGGGACUGGGAGCAGGGAAGGGAUUGAGUGCCGUGGCCGCAGUGGUCGAGACUAGGGAGAGGGAGCUGUUGACUAAGGCACAAGAAGCGUUGCGGUAGCAGGGGAAUGUGUAGUGAGUGAAGGAAUGUUGCCUGGGUAGGGUGUACAUAGUAAGCAAACAGAUCGGAGGUAGCCAACGUUCAGGGCGGGGCCGAACGGGGCAAGAAAGCCGCGCUUGCGUGGACUAGAAAGUGAGAUAAUGGUAGAAUUUAGAAGGCAGUUUCUAUAGCAAGGAUGUGGGACAAAGACGGGAGGAAAUGCUAAUGCAGCAAUCCUCCAAUAUGCCUUGGAAGGUAGCGCCUAGGGUUGCGAAGCCCUGUGGCGCCUGUCGAUCAUGGAUAUCUUUUUUGCAGUCUGAGGAUGUACCGACCAUAACUUUGUUUUGUGCCGACGAGGGAGAAGGAAAGGGCCACGUUGGGUGUCUGGAUUUGAUAGGGAAGCGACUUCUUGGCGUAUAUGUGAGCGUGCAGCCGGCUUACUUGCGUAGUUGGGUGCCUUCGAUGAUGCACCGGUAUGGUGACUCAGACAAUGAUGAUGAUCGCGAUCUUUUUGUUUUGAUUAUAACGCGUUGUCUCUGUGUGUGGGGUCAACAUUCGAAGACAAAGGAAAGGAACAAAUUCCAGCGCGAUGAUUAGCUUAGGCUCUUACGACAAUUUAAUGAGUUUGUCAAACCUGCGUGUACCUUACAAAUUUGAAUGAUAUGUUCUGCAGGUGUGGAAAGCCGUACUAGCGGCACAGCCGUCUUGUCGACACAUCCCGCAGGAGUUCUUUUCCAUGCCCCUUUCCUCGUAAGCAAAUUGCACCAGACUAUGGCCCUUUUAUUCUUUAUUUGAUUUAAGGCUGGUGUCAUGACUGCUGGUAGAGAUUGAUAUAUAUUCCGUUACAUGUACACAGUUGUCCAGGACGACUUCGGAAAUCGCUUUAAUGCAACACGUCACUUAGAAAUUUGAUUUCAACGUCAGAAGCUACAAAUUACAUGUUACCUGACUCUCAGACACUCUGAGUGAGAGUUUUCUACCCUUGAUUCAAAAACCCUGCCGCGUGGCAACCUCUUCGUCCUGAUGCGGUCGCGCUCUCUUCCGUCAAGGCCCCCUUUCUUCUCAUUCAAGGACACAGCUGACAAUCAUGACCUUACAACAUCCAUCCUUUUUUGCUUCCAUUCCCCGCAUUCGGGGUGUUUCCUCCAUUCCCUUGCCCCAUCGUGGUGACGGUAGGCGACGCCGGCUGGCUUCUCAACCCCCCCAUCCUCCCCCCGCUUCCUCCUG